CGUUAUUUGUAGACAUUCUCCAGGGUGAUGGAGAAGAUGUAACCAGUGAUCGGGCCUGAAAAUAUUUAACGUUUGUAUUCUUGAGGCUUUUCGACUCCUACAAGUUAUAUCGGUGGCAUUAUGGCCGGUAUAAGGAGGCUGAAUGGGAAGUAUUCUGGUGUCAAUCCAGCUGUAAGCUGCUGUCGACUGCGCCAGGUCCAAUCUUUGCUUUGUAGUGGUACUGCAACUCCAGACGGAAUACUGUGCUCUCUUGGAAUUGAUAGCAGAUAUAAUGAAGGAUGCACAGAGCUCGCCAAAUACCUGUUUUACGGACUAUAUGGGAGAAAACAGCCCAAUCUUGAUAAUACUAAUGGGGAUUUUUCUGAGGAGAUGCUUGAUGAUGUCAUCCUGUUGAUUAAGUCUGAGUGUGUUCAUCUUUACUGCAACCCUCUGAAUUAUAAUUACCUUUUGCCCUAUAUCUCUCACUGGAGGAACCUACAUCUCUACUGCAUGACAGAAGCAGAGUAUGAAGACGAGGAAGCUGCAGAGGAAUUUAAAAUAUCCAGUUUUGUUAGUAUGGUGCAGAACUGUUACAAUAUUGGAGUACCUUACAGCUCAAGAGAACAUGUUCAAAAGUUUGAUAUGUUCAUGGUUGAAAAAUGGCCAUUAAUUCAAGCAUUUGCUCUGGAAGGCAUUGGUGGAGGGAGCUUCUUUACCUUAAAAUUCAAGCUCAUCGACAUGAGUGAGAAAUUGUGGGAAGUGUAUAACAAACUGGACCCAGUGUCUCUUGAGCAUUUUCUAUCAGAGGACCUGGUCACAUUUGAGAAGCAGUGGAGCAGUUUCUUCUCCAGCAUGGACCUGGAGAGCCAUUUGUCCAUUCUUGAGUUGUCUGAAGCUCAGGCGGGAGCGUCGUUUCGAACAUACUAUUCCCAUGGACUUAUCUCAAGCAAUAUUACUGAUAAAAGUAAAAAUCAGCAGCCCUUUGUGCUAUUUGGAAGACACAGUUCAUCUGAGGAUUUUGAAAACUACUCAUUCAACUUUCCCUCAGAGAGUCACCAGGUCCGCAACACUGGGCCCCAGGGCUCCACUGCCAGACACAUGGUUCUGCAGUGUGUGGCACCUAAAGGACCUCUCUCCUGCUCAAGGACCUAUUUUUUUGGGACCACACAUAGCCCAUUCAUUGCAUGUGAGAACACACAACAGAAGAACUCUGAAGUUUUAGUUUUGUCACAGAUUUAUGCAGCAGUUGUUCAGGCUGUUCUAUCAGGAAUCAAGUGUUACUCAUCCACCACUAGUCUGAUUAAAGCUAAGGAUGUGGCAGAAAACACCUUUUUGUUGGCUUUAGACUCCAUGAGUUUAUGUCAAUAUCGCAGUGUUCUGAGGUCUAAAUGUGAAUUCAAUAUUCAGGCAGUGGAUAAUGAAGGAAGAGUAAUACCACUGGACGAUGAUGGCAGUAGUUACUUAGUGAAAACGGCCUCCAUGACAGUGCACAACAUCCCAGACCUACAGUGGGACAGGGGCGAUAUGGGCUCUAUCAUCUUCUCCGAGUCCUUCCUGGAGUCCAGCAUCAACAUUCAGCAAAAAGAUGGCACUGUGUCCUCAGAUAGCUGCUACACUGUCCUCACAACUUCUGUGCCUUGCUACGCCUGCUGGCAGCUGGAAGCUGAUGUCAAACAAUCUGAAGAAGCACAAAAUCUCGCAAAGAAAGAAGGUGGCUGUUUGGGGACUGCUCUGACUGCUGCAGAUGCUGCCUAUGUGCACUCCAGCAGUAAUCUCUCCACACCUGAAGAAGGGAAGAUUGUUUUCUUCUCUGAGGGGCUCUUGUUUAUCCACUGUCAAUAUGGAAGUAUCACUAUUUCAAGAGAUCACAUAAGCUCCAUCAAGCUAUAUGACACAGACUCCAGCUCUUUAACCUCUCUGUUUGUGGAGUAUGAGAAAACACUGCUUCCACACCUGCCAUUUCCUCUGCACAGCUCAGACCAGUGUCUGGUGUUUGCUCUACAGCCUCGGUCCAAGAGUCACAGAGCCUUUUUCUCUAAGGUUUUGCCUGUUUGGCAAAGCUCGGACUUCAGAGUGACUCUACAGAUUUUGGACCAAGAACAGUUGGGCUGGAUCCACACAAACAUGCACCGCAGACUCCAGAAGCUGCACGACAGUCAGGAGCCCCCAGUGGCCAAACGCAGAGGAAACAUGAAGACCUCCUGCUCUCAGCUGCCAGAGUUGGACAUGUUUCUGCAGCACUUUGCCUUAAGUAGCAUUAGUCAUGAGCCCAUUUUGAAUGAUCACCUGGGGGCACUCUUCCCCUCCACUGAGCUGAGGAAACCAGUCAAGAGCCAAGGAGACAAGGUUGUCAUUACCAUCAUCACUGGGCUGCCUGGGAGCCAUAAAACUAGACUUGGUCAAUUUCUGGUGAACUUCAGCCAAGAACGUGGAAGGUGGGUGGUAUAUGAGGCUGGUUCUGACAGCUGCGACCGUUUCUCAGCCUCUCACCUCCAGCAGUUCUUGUCUGGUUUCCUGGAGAGCCACCCAGGCCUGAGAGGCAAAGCCCGUCUGCUGCUGCUCUCACCUGGAUACACAGAUGUUUUGGAUGUGGUCCAGGCUAUCCUGUUCCACCCUGAUCCAGGCGCCCAGGCACGUUUCACCAUAGGCGCAGUCACUGCCUGCAUUGACCCCCUAGCUUGCUGCAUGGAGCACAGAUUUGCCUUCCCCAAACUGCUGGAGCAAUGCAGCCAAGGUAUUGUGAGUACAGUGGUGUUCACCGGUCUGACAGCGGAGCAGAAGCACCCCCUCCUGCAGCAUGUACAGCAGCUGGUACGCUCUGCCAACCCCACCGCCGCCUUCAUCCUGGCUGAGAAAGGAGCUGUCACCAGGACUGAAGAUGUGAAUGUGAUAUUGUCAGACAGCAGUUUUAAUGAAGCGCAGAUGCUGAGAGCGCGUUACGUCCUCUAUCCCGGCUGGUGCAAAGGGCGGUUUUUCACUGGUGCUGGGUCUGUGGUCCACUCACAGUGGCACCUGGCAUUCACUCGGCCCCUGGAGAGGCCUUUAUUUGUCGCCCGCUGCAAAGCAUUAAAAUCAUCUUUGAAACCCAACCCCUUCCAUGGAAAUGUCUACAAUAUUUCAGGCAGAGUGUGCUUUUCUGACUCCGACCAAACUGCGGAGUUGACUUACAACACCGUGAGUGGGACCCUCAAUGUUGUCCCAGCCAGCAGUCCUGAGACCACUUCCUUUUUCCUGGUCUUUGAUGGGGUGGGUCUGACUGAAAAUGGACUGAAGGACUGGCUCCGAAUGUGCACCAAGCAGAAACCCAUAAUGAAGACCAAGAAGACCAAAGCCAACCUCACUUCAUACGAAAUCAACAAAAUACAUGCAGCCAGGCAUCUGGAUCCAUUACCAGCAGGCUACUUCUACAAUGGUUGCCAGUUUGUGAACUUCUUUGGAGAGAAAAGAAACCUACAUCCAAACAUUGACCAGUUCAUUGACGAGUACAUCACUGAAGCCAACAAAGAAAUUGAGCAUUUCAAUCGAGAGUUGGAGUUACACCCACAGCCCGACCUGUUUGACCCAUGAAUGAACUGUCUGUAUGUUGUUGACCGUCUCUACACCAGAAACACUGGGAGGGGCAAGGGCGGGGUAGGGCAGGGCUCAGGGCUCGCACCAUACACACUACAUGUCCAAGUGCACUGGCAGCUGCAAGGGUUGUUCCAUUAUUAUCAGAUACAUCACUUUGUGUUUCCCUUCGGAGCCAUGGAAAAGUUAAACGCCGCUUAGUUUCAAUUACAUCACCCUUCAAGAGGCAACUGACAAGUUGAGAUUGCAUUUGUCGACUUGAAGAGGGAAAUCAAUGUAGUUCUUGUAGGUACAGACAAGUUAUGAGUUAUUACAAGUGGAGACAAAUGUAAUAUUGCUGAACCAUGACACCAGGCUGUAAGUUACAAGGAGAGGUGGGUAGAAUAGUUAAGUAGCAGUGUUCAAAAUGAUAACACUCUCUACUCCUACUCUUCCUUUUAAAGGUGCACUCUGGAACUUUUCAAGUGAAGGGGUCUGUAACAGGCUUUUUUCAAUAGAGAUGCUAUCACUUUCCCCCGAAUGUUCAACUGUAUUGAAAUAAACGUAUUUAUCUUGCUCAAAAAUAUCUUAAAAAACUGAAUUGUCACUGUGAGUGAAGUUGCCUCUCUACAGAUCUGACCUGUAAAUUGGCCUUGUAACUUUGUCUGCUUGUCUCUAUAGAGAUGCAUAUACUGGAACAUUCCAGGCGAAACAAUAACAUCCUCAUGUACACAAGCAGUUAGCUGACCCUCUAUCAAAAAAGUGACACAGUGCUCCUUUAGAAGCAGAAUUUACUUAAGAAUUUACAAACGUUACUGAAGUUUAUAUAUAGUAAAGUAUAGCUUAAUAGGGUUCUAGCACAAUUGAGGGGAAUUUCCUUGCAGCUUUUUGUUUAUCGCAGUUGGCAAAUUAAGCCCUCUAUUUUGGGCUUGGCUUGGAUGGCCGUGUGAUACUUGGUGGACUCCCUCAUGGUUUUUCUCAAGAAGCCCUCUCCUCCUCCUCCUUCACCUCCUCCUCUUCUUGUUGUCACCCAAUCCGGGCCCCACCUGUUAGCUUGUCUGCGUGCCAUGGCGAAGGCAGCAGUGGGCCUGGGAGCGCGAUAAACACUGCACAGACUACUGCUCUUGGAUGACAACUGACGGACGCUAACAUUAAUCACAUCGCGCUCUUUAUUUUAAGGCUCCUAAAGUGAAUCUAAUGGAAGUGCAAUAAAGCAGACGCGACUCCCCCAAGCCAAGUGUCACAGCAGCUGCGUCCGCACAGCGACAAGUUACAUCACCAAGAUGUGAGCAAGGGUCCAAGUAUUUAGUAGUCCAUAAAGACAUGAAUUUAACAAGACAUUUAAAUCACUACAUGGAUUUAUUGCGUUUAGUUUUAAUUUAUUACAUUUAGAGGCUAUGUUUACACGCACACCAAAAGUCUGGUCAUUAUCUGAUUUCUGAUUUCAGUUAUAUCUUAUGUGAGUAAUCUGAUUUCUGGCUCAUUGUUCACACCUGUGCUGGUUUUGAGAGCAUAAUAUGAAAAAGACAAAAAUGAAAUCCUUUUUCAUCUUUUCAUCUUUUUGUAUUCUUUGAAAAGUUGUUCUAAAAAUCUAUUGAUUAACUGACACAUGUCUCCAAGUUUUUUGAUGAUCAGAUUUCUUUUGUGGAUGUAAACACAAAAAUCAAAUCUAAUUACUGGGUUAUCUGAUUGUUCCAGUUAUUUUUCUAGUUAUCUGUUCUCAGUGUUACAGAACUGUCAAAACAAGAUGCUCAAAUUGUUAUUCACCGGGUUUAGUUCAGUUUUAGUUUAAAUUUAUGUUUGGUGUUGUUUGGACCUGGACUGAAUUAAGUGUGGAUGAAUUUGAGUUUAUUUGGAUUUCAGAGCGUGUGCAACCUUGGAUCGCAGUGUGGCAACUGGUGCAAUGUUGCAUAAAUCCAGAUGUGUGCUGUGGAGUGAACGAGCUGGAGUUCACUGUUCUGAAUUUGUCUUCCUUUUCGCUGCAGGUUCCAGAUGAGGUUAAAACACAACAGUUAGAAGGAUUUUCUGCAGUUUUACUUUCAUUUGAUAUUUUAAAAGUGCUUCAUAAUUACUUUGAUCUUUACAGAUUCAGCAGUCGUCCAACAUUAGACAUUUCCUUUGAUUAAAAAUUCAAAUCAAUUUAUUAGAUAGACAUUUUUCCAUAGCUCACAUAGAUUGUUGAAUAUGCAUUGUCUUUUUGAAGUGUUUCCCUAAAAAUAGGGAAAGAGAAAUAUAGUAUAUAAAAGAUAUUUAAAAGAAAUUUCAGGUGUUUGUCAUGAACGUGGCAUGUAACAGUUGAAAUGAAUUUUGAUAACUAAAUGUCAAGUCCAAAAUGAAAGUAUAUGUUACAAUAUAAUUGUUUGGGGUGCUGUGUUUAAGCCUCCGUAUCUUUCAGCAGCUCAUAAAGAUGUUUUAAUGAAUUGGAUAUUUCCAUUGACAGACUAUUUCUGUCAAUGGACAUCUCAGAUUAAGCCAUAGUCACAUGCCCCACUGUCUUUCAGCAAAAUAACACCACUGGUAUAAAAUGUUUUUUUUAACCGUCUAAAGAGGAGUCCACACACAGACUGACCUCAAAGUCCAUUUUCACCUUUUUUAUCUAAAUGUUUUUUUAAGAAGUGCAAUUCCAGCUUGUUUUUAUGUACUCUCUCUCAACUGUACCCCCAAAUAGAUCUUUAAGGACAAAGAGACAAAUGAGCUGUUAGAUUCUCAGUCUUUCACAGCUUGGAGUAUGGCUUUACUCACAAGGCCUAAAAAUAUUGAAGCCAUUUUAAAACAAGCAGUGAUUUGGUUGACAUACAUUAACACUACACACGUAUUAAAUACAUCUCAAGUGGGACAUGAUAAUAUUAAACAGACAUUUUAAGAUCUAAGCAAAGAGAUGGGGGUAUCUUAACUAACAGCUUAGUUGACCAAAAUACAAGUCCUUAAAGACCCUGGGAUUGUUUAAGGUGCCACUAACAUGUAAUAGUAUGUAAGGCUACUACUAUAUGUACACAGAUCAGGUAUAACAUUAUGACCACUGAAGGAUUUUUAUGGUACCUGUUAAAGGGGGGGACAAGACAAGGCAACCAUUUUAUCUAUAAAACUCUCCCAUAAAAAGGUGGUUAAAUGUUAUAUCUUAUCUAUAGGUGAUACUAUUUUGCAUGCUAAAAAUAGAAUAACAAAUACACUACUUUGUAUAUAUAUCCUACCUUUGCCUUUCACCAACAUAGAGUAAAAACAUCUAUUUUAAAUUACCUCAAAGCAGAGUAUUUUUAUAAAACUGUGAAUUCGCACAAGUUACACAAAAACAAAGAACAAGAUGCAAUUUUUAAAUCAACAAGAGAAUCUGAUUGGGCUCAUAUCGGGUUUCUCUGAUCCAGCAGUGCCUCCGCAGUGGACUGAAGGAUCCAAAUGAAAAGUGUUGGUGAAAGGAAAUCGUGUUUUUAUUCUGACAGACGGUCAAGUAGAGCAGUAAACUCACAGGCCACUGGAGGGCUCAAGACUAUUCAGGUACUUCAGGUAAAAACAGACCAAAUACGGGCUGGAUAUCAGGAGAACAAAAAUAUGCAACAUUAUUUUGUGCACAAGUUCAGAUUUAACUCAUCAAUAAUAAUCAUAUUACAACAAAUGACAGAAUUUGCAUAGAUUUGCACAGGUGCUUUUGAUAUCCAGUCUGGAGAGAUUCAAAACCAGCUAAUAUGUGAUUGAACAAAUCUAACUUUUGACCCAUGUUUAUUGGGGUCACUCUGAGCCCUCCACAGCCUCUUUACAUGGCUCUGCACCACACUCUGUCUAACUUCACCUGUCCUCACCCGUGUGUGGACCAUAGACUGUAUAUAAAAAUGGACAGCUAACGCACUAGCUGCUGCAAACCAAAUAGGAAGUGAGCAUGGGGGCGUUUCCAGCACUUUCCAUCGAUUCUUGCUCCAGUUGACUUUACACUGAAAAAUGGUCACCCCUUUCUCUGUAACUGCUGCAGUGAGCUUCGUCAUUUUGGUCUUAAAAUAUUCGUAUUAACCCGCUCCACAUCAUCCUGGAGUUUUUAUUUUGAUUUUGUCCUUAAAUAAAUUCCAAUUCCUAAUAUGGAACUGGGCUUCAAACGCUAAGGGUGACGUCACACUCUUUUAGUCCACUUCUUUAUACAGUCUAUGGUGUGGACAGACUUCUGUAGCUGAUGUUAUGGGACUAAAACAAGUUUGGUGAAAAUAUAUUUAUUAAUGAACAUGGUGUACUGCAUAGAGGGAACAGCAGUGGUUGAUAUCCAGUGGAGUUCUUUCUUGUGUUGGAAAGAUUUUGAAACAAUUUGGAUUUUUGUUAAUACAUUUUCUUUAAGGUACUUUUUGAGGAAAUGGUUUACUGGAAAAGAGACCAAAUAUGUCUAAAAACCUCAGGGGGCUACUGAUUGUAAAUAGCUGCUCUGUCCCAUUGUAGUCCAAAGGGAACAAAAAAGUAAUGUACAAAUAUCUUAUACCUGAUAUAAUUCAGAUUCUAUAUUGUUACGUAUUUAUUUGCUGUUAAAAUGAUUGAUAGCAGGAUUAGAUUUGGGACAAAAUCAAAGGGCUCAUGUCUUCUCCUUUAUAUAAGUUAAGGCUGUACCAGGAGGACAACUAUAACUUUUAAUGGUCUCUAUUGUGAAGAAAAUGUGCCAAUUUGACCUUCACAUGUUCAGAGGGAGUGAACCAACUCGAAUGCUUUUGCACAAACACUACUGUAACUUGUGUUUUUCCUGUGACUGAAGCUUUUAUAAUCUGUCCUAUUUAUUGACUCACAGUAAUCCAUUAAAUAUUUAUAAAUUA